GGCAGGAGCCGGAAGACCGUCCCGGACGGCAUUGGGGGCGGCCUGUGCGUGGAAGUGAGGUCUGGGCCGCCGGCCUUCCGGCGUCCGCUGGUCGCCCAUGCUGCGGCCCGCGGCCGCCAGCCCCCACUCGGAUUGGCGGCGGUAAGGCGCCGGGGCAGCGCGCGAAAUGUCGUCGGGCCUCCGUGCCGCCGACUUCCCCCGCUGGAAGCGCCACAUUUCGGAGGAGCUGAGGCGGCGGGACCGGCUGCAGAGGCAGGCAUUCGAAGAGAUCAUCCUGCAGUAUAACAAGUUGCUAGAAAAGUCAGAUCUUCAUUCAGUGCUGGCCCAUAAGCUGCAAGCUGAAAAGCAUGACAUCCCCAACAGGCAUGAGAUAAGUCCCGGACACGAUGGUGCCUGGAAUGAUAGUCAGCUACAAGAGAUGGCCCAGCUGAGGAUUAAACACCAAGAAGAACUGACCGAACUACACAAGAAGCGUGGGGAGUUAGCUCAAUUGGUGAUUGACCUGAAUAACCAAAUGCAGCAGAAGGACAGGGAGAUGCAGAUGAAUGAAGCAAAAAUUGCAGAAUGCUUGCAGACUAUCUCUGACCUGGAGACGGAGUGCCAAGAACUACGCAGUAAGCUUCAGGACCUCGAAAGAGCCAACCAGACUCUGAAGGACGAAUAUGAUGCCCUGCAGAUCACGUUUACUGCCUUGGAGGAGAAACUGAGGAAAACUACUGAAGAGAACCAGGAGCUGGUCACCAGGUGGAUGGCCGAGAAAGCCCAGGAAGCCAAUCGCCUAAAUGCAGAGAAUGAAAAAGAUUCAAGGAGGCGGCAAGCCCGGCUGCAGAAAGAGCUUGCAGAAGCAGCAAAGGAACCUCUACCUGUUGAACAGGAUGAUGACAUUGAAGUCAUUGUGGAUGAAACCUCUGAUCACACGGAGGAGACGUCUCCCGUGCGAGCCAUCAGCAGAGCGACCAGUAAGCGACUCUCGCAGCCUGCUGGAGGCCUUCUGGAUUCUAUCACUAAUAUCUUUGGGAGGCGCUCUGUCUCUUCCUUUCCAGUUCCCCAGGAUAAUGUGGAUCCUCAUCCCGGUUCUAGCAAAGAAGUGAGAGUGCCGACAACCGCGAUGUGUGUCUUCGAUGCUCACGAUGGGGAAGUCAAUGCUGUGCAGUUCAGUCCGGGCUCCCGGCUGCUGGCCACAGGAGGCAUGGAUCGGAGAGUUAAGCUUUGGGAAGUGUUUGGAGAUAAAUGUGAGUUCAAGGGCUCCCUGUCUGGCAGUAACGCGGGAAUUACAAGCAUCGAAUUUGACAGCGCCGGCUCUUACCUCUUAGCAGCUUCAAAUGAUUUUGCAAGUCGAAUCUGGACUGUGGAUGAUUAUCGGUUACGGCACACCCUCACGGGACACAGCGGCAAAGUGCUGUCUGCCAAGUUCCUGCUGGACAAUGCGCGGAUUGUUUCCGGAAGUCAUGACCGGACCCUCAAGCUCUGGGAUCUACGCAGCAAAGUCUGCAUAAAGACCGUGUUUGCAGGAUCCAGCUGCAACGAUAUCGUUUGCACAGAGCAGUGUGUCAUGAGUGGACAUUUCGACAAGAAGAUUCGUUUCUGGGACAUCCGAUCGGAGAGCAUCGUCCGGGAGAUGGAGCUGCUGGGGAAGAUUACUGCCCUGGACUUAAACCCGGAGAGGACAGAACUCCUCAGCUGCUCUCGUGAUGACCUGCUGAAGAUCAUCGAUCUGCGAAUCAAUGCCGUCAGACAGACGUUUAGCGCGCCUGGGUUCAAAUGCGGCUCUGAUUGGACCAGAGUUGUGUUCAGCCCUGAUGGUGGUUAUGUGGCAGCGGGCUCGGCUGAGGGCUCUCUCUACAUCUGGAGCGUACUCUCGGGGAAGGUGGAGAAGGUCCUUUCCAAGCAGCAUGGCUCGUCCAUCAAUGCAGUGGCGUGGUCCCCCUCUGGCUCCCACGUCGUCAGUGUGGACAAAGGAAGUAAAGCUGUGCUAUGGUCGGAGUAUUGAUGGCACCCCCGAGAGCGAGAGAGAGAGAGGGGAGGAGCUGAAGCCAGCGAAGCACACGAGCCCCUGCGGUUCUGUCCUGCACGUGGUGUGUUGGGUGCAGCUUCGACCUCCAGAGACGAGCUGGAGCCGCGUGGUGCCAUGACCUGCCUUUGAACAGGAUUUCUGAGGAUUUUAGCUGAGGUCUCUCACGGCCUGAAAGAAUAACACUGAAAAAAUCUGGCCCUGCAGUCACUUAGCAGAGGUUCAGGUUCUUGCCUUGCCUUGAUUCGGGUGGGAAACACUACUGGCUCUGAUCUUCCAUACCUCAGCGAAGGGAGCGCGGGCACCUGCUGGCUUCCUCACUGGCCGGCAGGGCCAGGAACGCCCCACGCGCGCGUGCGGCUGUCGGUUCUCCCUCCGUGCUUUCUCCCGUCCUUCCAGAGUCGGUUCUGGCCCAAUGCAUGUCCUGUCACCUUGGGAUGGUUUUCCUGGUGAACUCACUUGAAUCAUUGGAUUAACAGAAACCCAAACAGGAUCACCCCUGCCCUCAGCCCAUAGGGACUGCCCUGAUUUCUGAGGAGGUGACAGGACCGUGGUCCUCCCUGCUGGUCUCUUGUCAUUAUUACGAGGCUCUUACUCUGAUCUCAUCUGAUUACUGUUGGAAUUUCCUUAGAUCUCCUAAACCGUUCUUAGAAAGCAGCUGUUGUUCAAAGCUUCGGGCUUCCUUUCUCCCUAACGAUGCUACACACCUAUUUCUUGGUCGAGAAGUAAAUCUCAGUUUGGUUACAAAAUACUUUUUGGAGAUAGGAGAGGAAGUGCAGAAACCUUGCAGGUAAGCGGGCAUGCUGCAGGAGUAGAGUGGCUCCCUGCGGCCAUCUCUAGACUCCCCGAAAGUGGGCUGGGCGCACGCCACCUUUUUCCCCCGUGUGCCUCGGUGACAGUCACUGGUGACAAGGGAUUGGAAGCCUCGAAUGUAUUAGCCUGGAGCCAGCGGUUCCGGGUCACUGCCCCUCUGCCAAGCCUACGUGCAAUACCCCCUUGGUGCUUUAGUUCGAGAAGCCCAUUCCAAGAAGCAUGGGAACGUCAUCUUUUAAGUUUCAGGAGUUCUGAUUGAGGCCAGGGAAAAACUGGCUUGUGGCUUUUUUUUUUUUUUUUUUUAACAUUUAUCUUUACCGUUUUACCUGUGUAUCAUUCUAGUUCCUGAGUGACUGAAACACCAAUACUUUCAUCACUUUUUAAUUGCACUUUAUUUUUUUCCUUCCACACUUGUUCUCUGGACAGCUGUGGGUAUGAGUGCUGGAGCUGGGUGAGGAGGGGCGCCGUGUCCCCCCCCCCCUGGUUCCCCGGCCCUCCCCCCACCCCCCUUCCAGCUUCCUGCUCCAAGAGCUCAAGGGGAGGUGGAAUUCACAGACCAGGGCGCAUCUUUUAUUUAUUUAAUUAUGUUGCCCAACAGAACUUGAUUGUAAAUUAAAAAGAAAUCUGUUAUAUA